GGGGAGGACGGAGCGCCGGGAGGCCAGGGCAAGGAGACGAAGUCAAGGUCUCCCUCCUGGGGAGGGAGCUUGGAUUCGGGAGGCCGCGCUGGGCCCGUUGGACUAGGCGUCCGCGUGCGCGGAAAAGCUCAGACAUGUCUGUCCACGCGCUGCUGCGCGCCCUGCGCAAGAACAAGACCCUGCGCUACGGGGUCCCCAUGCUGUUGCUGAUUGUUGGAGGUUCUUUCGGUCUUCGCGAGUUUUCACAAAUCCGCUAUGAUGCUGUGAAAAUUAAAAUUGAUCCAGAAUUAGAAAAAAAACUGAAAAUGAAUAAAGUGUCACUGGAAUCAGAGUAUGAGAAAAUGAAGGACUCCACUUUUGAUGACUGGAAGAAUAUUCGAGGACCUAGGCCUUGGGAAGAUCCUGACUUCCUCCAAGGACGAGAUCCAGAAAUCCUUAAGACUAAGACAACUUGACUAAAUUGAUUCUUUUUUUUUUUUUUUUUUUUUUUUUUUUUAACAAAAAUGUUAUCUAUCAACCGGAAUACCCACUACAUAUUCAAUGGGAAGAAAAUUUCAGAACUGCAGAAGCCUGGUUAUGAGUAAUGUGAUGACAGAUAAUCUUGAUAAAAAGUUGCAGUAACAUCGGGCAGUGAUUUUAUGUCAAACCUAUGUGGGAAAAUAAUAUCGAUCACAGGCUGAUGAGAGUUUUGGUUUUACUUAUAGUCCCUCACAUGGUAUAAAAUCAGUCUCCAAAGUAUCACCUGAUGAUUGUAUUGAUACUAUUAAAACACGUUAAGAAUAUUA